UGGCAAGAGUUAAUUAUCUGUCUGAAUGUGUGUGGCUCGGAUAGCUGUACUGUACCUAGGUGAUCAAAUCACAUUUUAUUUGUCACAUGCGCCAAAAUACAACAGUGAAAUGCUUACUUACAUUUUUUUUUAAAUAACUUUAAAUAACUUUAUUUAUACAGGUUUUUCUCAUUGAGAUAACACCUCUUUUCCAAGAGAGACCUGGUCCAAUAGCAGCAGUGGGAUCAACUGUUUCAGACAAAACAAACGGGGCGGCAGGGUAGCCUAGUGGUUAGAGCGUUGGGCUAGUAACCGAAAGGUUGCAAGUUCAAAUCCCCGAGCUGACAAGGUACAAAUCUGUUGUUCUGCCCCUGAACAAGGCAGUUGUUCCUAGGCCAUCAUUGAAAAUAAGAGUUUGUUCUUAACUGACUUGCCUAGUUAAAUAAAAAAAAAUGUUAAAAAUGUAAGUCGCUCUGGAUAAGAGCGUCUGCUAAAUGACUUAAAUGUAAACUUACAUACACUAACACAACAUUAAACAAAACUAUAAACACACAUACAGUACACAAAACAUUUGACGUUAAAAACACGAAAGUCUUUGACUAAAAACAGCUGGCCUAAAGACAAUUACACUCUUCUAUGAUUAUAUACACCGAUCGAGUGUUUAAACUCCACCAACGAAACUAGAUCAUCAAAUUUUUAAAUGUUCAGGACAGUAUUCCAGGACCACGGAGCUAAGUAACUGAAAUUAUUUCUACCAUGACCUGUUCUAAUUUUUGGUACUGUUAGAAGCAAAUGAGAAUGGGACCGUAAUUUAUAUUUAUUUACCGACCUGAUUAAAAAAGAACAGAGAUAAAAUGGCAUUUUACCCAAUCUGGCCAUAUAAAUCAGUGGCUACCAGUGUUUAAGCCGACGCAAGGUCCAUGACGACCAUCCAACAGCGCUGUAGAGAUCACAAUGAUGUGUUAGACGUACUUACAAGCCCUCGUAAGUAAUGUGUAAGAGAGAGUGAGAUCAGUGACCCUAUUCCACUCCAUUUGAUCUGAAUGUUCGUUAGAGUUAGUGUUAACUCUUGGGAUGUUAGUUUUAGCAGUGUUGUUUGGACAGUGCGUUGCUGACUAUGUAGUGUCGUUCAACAGCUACUGUGUCCCUGUGUUUUUUUUUCUUCUUCACCAGACCACUAAUUAUGUAAUUGUCAUGGAGCAUUUCAAUAAAGAAAUGCCCUGUCCCAUAUGAUAUGAUUGCUUGGAGAGAAAUAGAGUGAUAGUCUACAUUGAUUGACAUAGAUUGAGUUUAGGUUUAGUCUUGUUCUAAUUGUUCGCUUCAAUUAUUUGACUGUCCUUACUCCACAUUAACAAUAUGUAUUUGUCUUCCUGUGAUCACAUUUUGUUAUUUGUCUCAGUGUACUUUCGUUUCUCUAGCAUCCUCUAGGUAGUCUGACAAACAAUGACAGUCAGACAAAAUAAAUACUUUCAAACUAAACAUGUACUCAGGACUUCACCUUUUCAAUAAUGUUUUGUCCUCAAAGCAGGGUAUUAUGCUCAUUAGAUGUGACAGUACUGUGCUGGGUUAGUUUCAUUUAAAAGUAAAACAUUCAUUAUCAGAAGGGAAAUAUUUAGGCUGUUGAAAAGCCUUAGCUACGGAGCUCUAAUUCCUCAGAUUAGCGAUUUUGCUGGAGACCUUGAGAAAAGAACAAUAUGUAAGAACAACAAAAGUACACACGUACAGUUCAUUCCCUGAAUGAGGCGGAGACAGAUUUAGUUCCUGGGGGGAUAGUAGAUGAAUCCAAGUUGCUGCUGUUAGCAAAAAUUGGCUUGAGGGAUUGAGGGGCUCGAUGGUGUUGUCAACCUCAACAAGACGAAGCUGCUAUUCCUCCUGGGGAAGGCCUGCCCGCUCCAAGACCUCUAUCACAAUUGACAAUUCUACGAUGUCAACUUCCCAGAGUGCAAAAAACUUUAGUGACCCUGGACAACACCCUGUCAUUCUCUGAAAACAUCCAAGCAGUGACUCGCUUCUGGAAGCUCAUGCUCUACAACAUCCAUAGAGUACGGACUUUUCACACAGGCAGCGGUACUUGUCAUCUCCCGUCUGUUCUACUGCAUCUCUGUUUGCUGGGCUCCCCGCCUGUUCCAUCAAACCCCUGGAAUUUAUCCAGAACGACGCAGCCCACUUAGUGUUCAACCUUCCCAAGUUCUCCCAUGGCACCCCUCUCCUCCGCACACUCCAUUGGCUUCCAGUCAAAGCUUGCAUCCACUACAAGACCAUGGUGCUUGCCUACGGAGCAGCAAGAGGAACUGCCCCUCCCUACCUUCAGGCUAUGCUCAAACCCUACACCCCAACCCCGAGCACUCCGUUCUUCCACCUUUGGUCUCCGGGCCGUCCCACCCCUACAGGGGGUCAGUGCCCUCUUAGCCCAGUCGAACGUCUUCUCUGUCCUGGCACCCCAAAGGUGGAAUGAGCUUCCCCCUGAAGCUAGGACAGUAGGUCUGAAUCCCUACCUCUUCAAAGAGUAUCUUAAAUAAGACAUCCCUUAUCCCCACCCCCGUUGUAUGAAUUUAACAUGUACUUUUGUUUUCCUACUAGCACUAACUUUGCUGAACUUCUUAUGUGAGGAAGAAUGUACAUGAACACGACUGUGAUGUAGUUCUCACCCAGCUACAGAAUCUUAAGAUGAAUGCUCUAACUGUCGAGUGUGGUAGCCAAUCAGCACUCAGUGUCCCAAGAGGAGCUCAGCAGCGCCUCCGACAGGCAGGAGCCUUACACUGUGGCGGAGUCAGUGUCAGGAUCAGGGCCAGGGCCAGGGCCAGGGGUAGGAGUGUUUGAGAUGGCCAAGGAGACUAGGUACUGUGUGGUCUGCAGUGACUAUGCCUCUGGGUAUCACUACGGAGUUUGGUCCUGCGAGGGCUGCAAAGCCUUCUUCAAAAGGAGCAUCCAAGGUCACAAUGACUACAUGUGCCCUGCGACCAACCAGUGUACCAUCGACAGGAACCGUAGGAAGAGCUGCCAGGCGUGCCGCCUCAGAAAGUGUUACGAAGUGGGCAUGAUGAAAGGAGGCUUGCGAAAGGAUCGCGGUGGGCGGGUUCUCCAGAGGGAUAAGAGGCGUGGUGGCCCUGCUGGUGACAACAGUGUCCAGGAGCACAGCAAAGCGCCCCCUCAGGAUAGUAGCAGGAACAGCAGCUUCGGUGGUGGAGGAGGAGGAGAAGGGCGGCUCAAGAUUGCCAUGCCUCCUGAACAGGUGCUGUUCCUGCUGCAGGGUGCGGAGCCUCCAGCCCUGUGUUCUAGUCAGCAGUUGGGCCGUCCCUACACAGAGAUCACCAUGAUGACCCUGCUCACCAGCAUGGCUGACAAGGAGCUGGUGCACAUGAUCACCUGGGCUAAGAAAAUACCCGGUUUCCAGGAGCUGUCUCUCCAUGACCAGGUGCAGUUGCUUGAGAGUUCCUGGCUGGAGGUGCUGAUGAUCGGACUCAUUUGGAGGUCCAUCCCCAGCCCUGGGAAACUAAUCUUCGCCAAGGACCUGAUACUGGACAGGAGUGAAGGGGACUGUGUGGAGGGCAUGGCUGAGAUCUUUGACAUGCUCCUGGCCACUGUGUCUCGCUUCCGCAUGCUCAAACUAAAGCCUGAGGAGUUUGUGUGUCUCAAAGCCAUCAUCUUGCUUAACUCUGGUGCCUUCUCCUUCUGUUAUUACUCUGUGGAGUCCCUCCACAACAGCCCGGCGGUGCAAAGCAUGUUGGACAACAUCACUGACGCUCUCAUCCACCACAUCAGCCAAUCGGGAGCCUCGGUGCAGCAGCAGUCCAGACGGCAGGCCCAGCUCCUGCUCCUGCUCUCGCACAUCAGACAUAUGAGCAACAAAGGCAUGCAGCACUUGUACAGCAUGAAGUGUAAGAACAAAGUGCCACUGUAUGACCUGCUCCUGGAGAUGCUGGACGCUCACCGGAUCCACUCCCCAGGCAAGGUGGCCCAAGCCUGGGGACAGGCCAAGGGGGAGCCCCUCUCUACCAAAGGCUCCAGCAUAGGACCCAAGCAAGGCAACCAAGAUACCCAGCUCAGAAGCCCCGGCCCUGGGGUACUCGAGUAUGGCACUACACGCUCUGACCAGAGCCCCAUUCCAUGAUGAAAUAUAGAAAGAGGUAUUUGUAGAUAUGGAAGAUGUAAAAGUCCUUCCAGUCGAUAUAGUAUAUGUAGAGAAAUAUUUAGACAUUUGUGGAGGUGAGAGUAGAUAGAAAAUAUACAUGAAUUUGUUAUUUGUAAUAUUCGUUUAUAAUUUAUGAUUUAGCAGAGAUCCGUUGAAUGUUUAGAAACGUUCGCAUUUUGUGCUGGCUCACUACGGACUGAAAUGUGCUCCGUCUCACCAGAUGUUGCCUUUCACAACAUUUAGAAACUUUUGAGUGAAGUGUUUUCUGUGGCUUUAGCAGCAAUUUCACCUUUGUGCAGCUUCAUAUAGUGUAGCGCACUGUUAGCAGCGUAGACUCUUGAUAGAGAGCAGCUAGUCAAUGUUGAUCAAUGCAUUAUACCCCGUGAACGUGAGCUUUGCUUGCCUUGACCAAAUGUCCCUGUAAACUAAGCUAACAUAUGGAAUUGUUUUAAGAUGGUCAUACCAAGGAUCAUUUAGCUAUUUGAUUUUGAAUUUUAGAACCCCUUAAAGUAUCAAAAAAUAGAUAAAGAAUUAUUGGAUGAAAUGUUGAAUUUGGCAUUACUGCUAUUAGCCAAUAGAAAUGCAUUGAAUAACAGAUUCACUACAUGGAACAACAGAUAGUACCCAUUAAAAUAUCAAAAGGAAGUUUGUA